AAAUUUUACUUCCGGUAGAAAACUUACCAUAUGGCUGUGAGAGAAUUACACGUUUAGAUGCCAUGGCUAGCGACAAGACUUUACGAGUGGAUAACAAAGUUCAUCCACUGAAAUUGGGAGAAAGUUUUAAUCCCAGGUCUAAAGUAGCAUUUCAUUCUAUAAGAUAUGAUUUUAAACCUGCUUCAGUAGAUACAUCACGAGAGUCACUGGUAGAAGUUGGGGAGGGGCACCAGGUCUCCAUCACAGUACCACAUGUGGAGGGGUGUGGUACUCCACAAACCGUGUACAACGGUAACAAGAGAGAAUGCCCCAAGGAAUGUGUCCUCAUCAUAGACCACACCAACGGUUCAUUUACCCUGGAGAGGCUUACUAACAAUAUACAACUGAAGAAAACAAGGAUUGAAGGAAGCAGCAAGGCAUCUCUAGCCGGCCGACCAUUGACUCCUGUGGAUGUCCACAACAACAAACAGAAAAUGUCACCCAUGAAGCCGAAGGUGGCAGCACCCGUUCAAAUCAGCCCGCCCACAAAUACAGAAUCACCAUCCAUAACACCCACGCAAACAGAGGAGGUCAAAGACAUGCUGAUCGGAGAGAUAAGUGAUAGCAGCGACAGUUGGGAUAAUAGUGAUUCAGACAGCUCCAGUGAUGAGUCAAACAAAGACACAGACACGAAAGCAGCCCCAGGUAGUGCUCAGCCUCCGAAUCCGAUGUCUUCCUCUGGAGGUUUGAAGUCCUAUGGAUCAUUACUAAGAAAUGAUCUCCAGUUAAGUGACACGAGCAGUAGUGACAGUGACUGAUAAGAACUAUAGGACCAUACUGUGGAAAAUUUAACUUAUUCUUCCUGAGAAAUGUGAAGCCUUCAAGUGUUCUUUGUCUUCCUCAUGCCUUGUAAAAUGUCAAUUCUGUAGCAAUACUGUGAUCUGGUAUGAAUGUAUGAUGUUUAUUUCUCGGAGCAUGAGUUACAAAUGUACCUAUAGUGUCCUGUUUACCUGUUAAAACACUCACCCCUGAAGACCCAUUUGAACUCCUCCAAAUCAAAGGAUGGAGAAGUUCAUUAUGAAAUUUCAGGGGUGAAUAAUUAACCUGUAAGUAAUUGUUGUACAGACUUAUUACCAGUUAAUCUGUGAGGAAGUGUUAUAUAGAGCUAAUACCUGAAGCUUGUGUUCAUCAAGCUUAAUAAAUGUGCAUAUAUCUGAAAAAAGCAACCAUGAUGUCCCAUAUUUAUGUGUGAACUGAGGGAAACAUGAUGUCUAGAGUUAGGUGUGAGUUGAGGGAAACAUGAUUUCCCAUUUAUAUGUAUGUGAGCUGAGGGAAACAUGAUGUCUAGUAUUAGGUGUGAGUUGAGGGCAUCAUGAUUUCCCGUAUAUAUGUAUGUGAGCUGUGGGAAACAAGAUGUCCGGUAUAUAUGUGUAACUGAGGGAAACACAAUGUCUAGUAUUAAGUGUGAGUAGAGGGAAACAUUAUGUCUAGUAUUAAGUGUGAGUAGAGGGAAACAUUAGAGGGAAACAUUAUGUUCUGGAUUUAUGUAUGGGUUAAGCGAUUAUUUGGAUAUGAAAGUAAAUAGUACCUGUAGAUCAUAUGCAGACGCCAAUUCAGAACUGAGAUUCAUGUCUGAUUAUGUUUUAGCCAUUCAUAUAUAAGUGUUUUACCUACGAUCUGAAUUUGUGACUUGAUAAGAUUUUUUUUAUAAAUCACAAAAUAUUUGAUACAUUUAGUGUACUGAUCUCUGAAAAUCGUAAUAGAAAGAGUGAAAUACAUGUACCAGCCCUAUAAAGAUUUAGCCCAGAAAUUGAGCUUAUCAUAAAUCCCUUGAUUCUUUCAAAGACUUACUUUUGCAAUUCCUUUUCUUUGCUACCAGCAAAUAUUUUUUCACUGCUGAAUUGUUUCUGAAUGCCUUUCUUUGUGAAUAAAGACAAAAUUAAAAUGAUGUUCAUACAUCUGAAUAAUUUACAGAGUACAUAACAGGAAUUUGAACACAGUUUUAUUUUUUGAAAGAUAACAAAUAUUCCAAACCCCUCCGGGGGGGGGGGGGAGUUUUUAAUGAUCCUUGGGUAUAUUUAAAGAUGAUAUCCCUCACCUUUUUAGAUUACUAUCCUGGGCAUGAGUUAUUGACAAAACAUUUAGGCUAUUUUCAGGCAAAAGAACAACAUGACACAGUAGGAGUUGCCAUAGUCAAACUGAUCAUCACAUGUUUAAAGUGCAAGAUUCUUUCAUGUAAUAUAACAGCCAUGCACGAAGUACAUUAUGUAGUGUUUAAUUGACCAUACCGAUAGUAAUGAUAGAAACCACCGUUGGUAUUUCUAAAGAGAGAUUUACAGUGAAUAUACAUUGUUAGGAAAUGUUUUCAAGACAUAUGCAGUUUUGUCUGUCAUUUUUUUCUCUCCAAAAUUCAUAAAUGAUAUAUGGUGCAGAAAAUAUUCAGCAAUGAUCUCCCUUUACAUUGGUUAAACAACUAACAAAGUAUAUUUGAGGCGUUAUUUUCUGUAAUGAAAUAAAAAUGUAAUGCAAGUGCAUUACUGGGUUGUAACAUACAGAGAGUUGUUCAUUGAAAGGCAGUCUUGUAUAUAUACCGGACAAUUUUCGUUGCAGUUCAAUUUUUGUCUUAUCUCGCCUUUCGUAAUGAGGGUGAAUUAAUCAUAACAGCAAAUAUAAGUUAACUGCACAAUAAACCUACAGUAAUUAAAUGUGAAGGGCGAAAUUAACACGGGGUAAUUAAAUGUGAAGGGCGAAAUUAACACGGGGUAAUUAAAU